AUGAUACAUGAAAAAGCCUAAAUGAUCUUUUAAGGUAGAAAUAGUUACAUUUUUUUAAGAGAAUCAUGAAUCGCCAAUGUUUUUCUCAAAGCAAACAUAAGUGUCCAUAUUUUUGUAAGAGAGUGUCGAUGAGUACCCAUAAAUAUGUAAAAAAAUUUAAUCAUAUCUGAGUAGCUGCAUAAAAUAAUGAUUAUGAUGAAAUUAAUCAUGAAUUAAAUAAUUGCUAUUGCCAUGAAUUACCAGUUUUAGGGUUAAAGAAGCCAAGAAAGAAGAGAAAAAGAUAACCUAAUUAUGAUAAGAAAAGGAAAAGAAGAUAAUCAAAAAAUUAGGUAAAAAUUAAUAUAAAUCAAGUAGAUUACAAAACUUUAAUAAUCCAUCCCAUUCUCUCCAUAAGAGGACAAAGCAAUAUUACUUUAUGUUUUACAUUUUGGUCCUAAGUUCAUGAGUAUAGCAAAAUAUUUCCCAACAAAAACAAUCAAUAUGGUAAAAAAUAGAUAUUAUAAAAUUUUACGAUAUUAAUGGGAUUCAAUUUUAGGAGAGUAUGAAUUCAUCUAAAAUAGAUCGUAUGCUUAUCUAAAUUAAGACAUAGAAUCUAAAAUAGAGGAAAUUAAUCAUAAUAAUUGUAGAGAUGAAACUUAGAGUUUCAGAGAUAAAAAUAUAAAUCUCUAAUUAUUAUGUUAGAGUUCAGAAAUGUGA